AAAUAAUGAAGAACCUACCAAAAUAUUCAUGAUAAUCUGAUAAUUAUUACUACUAUUUAAUUAUUUGUUAUGGAUUGCAACGAACACUUUCUAUUCUUGAAUUCAAAUAAUUAUUAAUUACAUAAUCAUAAAUAUAUCCAUUCACCAACUAACCAAUUUUAGCAUCAAAUAUCAAUGCCCUUUCACUUGGUAAGAAAUCAAUGUGCAAAUUAAGGAAAUGACACGUGUGAGCACAUCUUUUUAAUUACCUCCUUGGCUACUAAUUAGUCAAUUAUGAAGUUUUACCCAACCACGGUUACCCCCGGACUAACCACGGAUAAGAAGCAGCUUUAUAUACGAACCUCCCCCAGAAUAUUUUAAUCUAAAAAACAAAAAAAUAAAAUUUAAAAACAAUAUAUAAUGCUCGGAGAAAGAAUCAACGGCUACAGAUCAGCCCUUCGUCUUCCUCCGUGGAUCUUCGCCGCAGACAGUCCGACGUCCUCCGUUUGCAGCCCCGCCGCCGCCGCCGUGGACGAUUACUCCAAUUUCUUCGGCGCCAUUGAUUCGCGAUCGAGCGAUCAUUUUCACAUGUUCGAGUUCAAGGUGAGGAUGUGCACGAGCGCGAAAUCGCACGACUGGACGGAGUGUCCAUUCGCGCAUCCCGGCGAGAAGGCACGCCGCCGCGACCCUAGAAAGUUCCAGUAUUCCGGUGCCGUCUGCCCCGAUUUCCGCAAGGGGAGCUGCCGGCGGGGGAGCGCCUGCGAAUUCGCUCAUGGCGUAUUCGAGUGCUGGCUCCACCCAGCCCGCUAUCGUACGCAGCUCUGCAAGGACGGCGUGAGCUGCACGCGCCGAGUGUGCUUCUUCGCGCACUCGGCCGAGCAGCUUCGAGUUUUAAGCCCCAUGGCAGACCACAGUCUGCACCACCGCUUCUCCGCCGUGGACUACUCCCCGGAGUCCAAUUCUCCGUCGCUCUCCUCGCCGACGAUCGCCACCAUGCCGGACUCCGUCGGCGAAAUUUUAGCGCACCUGGAGCAACUGCAGGUGAGGAAAGUGAAACCCAUGGCGGCGUCUUCUUCUCCGGCAACUCGAAUGGCGAGAGGAUAUUUUGAGGAUUGGGAUCACGAUCGGACUGUGAAGGUGCAUUGGCAGGAAGAAGACGACGACGAGGCGGCGAUGGAGAGGGUGGAGUCGGGGAAUCAUCUGCGAGCGAGAAUGUUCGAGAAGCUGAGUCGGGAGAAUCCGCUCAGUAGUGGAACCAACCCGGACCCGAACCCGGAUGUGAGGUGGAUAUCGGAGCUGGUAAAUAAUUAAUAGCAGAAAGUAUUAACAUUCAGACAUAGCUUAUAGUAUAGGUGUGUUAUGUGUGCUGUAUAAUAACUGGGCAGUUUUUUCUCUCUGUGUUCGUCGGAGUUAGGUAUAUACGAUAUGUCGAUAAGAUCAGGGGCAGGGAUGUCAUUUUACAAUAUCAAAUAUACGUAUGUAAAUUAUCUAUACCUACCGAAUUA